AUGAAGUCUUCAGUUAGUGCUUGGGUGUUCUUAACCCUGCUUUUCUUUCAAUUGGCUUCGGCUGAGCUCGUUUAUUUUUCAAUUUGUCUCACAUGGGCUAAGAGAGAGGUUGCGGGCUUCACCAGAGAUGUGAUCCUGGUCAAUGACCAAUACCCUGGACCGCCAUUGGAUCUAGUGCAAGGUGAUGAAGUUAUAUUCGACGUCCAAAACGACUGUCCCUUUAACGUUACUGUGCACUUUCAUGGCAUUGAACAGCGAAACACGCCUUGGUCAGAUGGUGUUCCUGGUUUGAGCCAACGCCCCAUAGACGAAGGUGAUUCCUUUCGCUAUCGAUGGACCGCACAUCAGUACGGUGCAUAUUUUUAUCACGCACAUCAUCGAGGCCAGCUUGAAGAUGGCCUUUACGGGCCUAUUUAUAUUAAACCGUCGAACUCUGAAGAAAGACCCUUCAGCUUGAUUACCAAUGAUUCUUCUAAGCUCCAGGCUAUGCUGGUUGCAGAAGAAGAUACCUCGCCAGUACUGCUGUCGGAUUGGCGUCUUUUAGCCUCGGAACAAAUUUGGGCGGCGGAGGAAGCGUCCGGUGUUGAUUCAUAUUGUGCGAAUGCACUUCUGAUCAACGGAAAAGGCUCCGUGAAUUGCUUCACGGCUGCAGAACUCGACGCUCUCACUACUGCCAACCAGAGAUAUGUUUUAGGUAACCAAUCACUGACAGACAUUGGAUGCUUUCCACCAGAUAAUGUCCCCACACAAGGCAAUUACACUCAUGAUUUGAGUAAGCUACUGCCGACUAUGUUCUAUGGAUGCACACCAUCUCAAAGUCACCACGAAGUCUUCACCGUCAAGGCAAACGACCAAUACGUCAGCUGGGACUUGACCAGCGCAGCUGGAAUCUUAGAUUUGAUAUUCUCCGUGGACGAACAUGACAUGUACGUCUAUGCCGUGGACGGCCGCUAUAUCCAGCCCGUCACUGUAAACGCCAUUAAUCUCCCUUCUGCAACCCGCUACUCAGUGCUUAUACCCCUGAACAAGACCCCGGGCGAGUAUACAAUCCGCAUGGUCAGCGGCACCGCACAACAGACUAUCAACACAACAGCCACGAUGCAGUAUGAGGGUAAAUCCGAACUCAAGCGACCCUCCAACCCAUGGGUCACAGUGUCAGGUUUGAAUGCCACUGCAGACACAGUUUUCAUGGACGAUUCCACUAUAGUCCCGUUCCCAGUUAUCGCGCCCGCUUCUACAGCAGAUGAGACCUUUAAACUGUACAUCGACCACUACAACGCGUCUUACCUAUGGACGUUGGGGAACUCAAGCUUUAAUCUUGAACUGGAAGAGUCACAGCCUCUCCUCUUUAACCAGACCGCUAUACCGAGUGAUCUGAUAAUUAGAACGAAGAACGGGACAUGGGUUGAUCUCAUUAUUCAAGUUGGAACGCCGCUUCAACCUUCUCAUCCGAUUCAUAAACACUCCAAUAAACAUUUUGUGAUCGGACAGGGGAAUGGCACGUUUACGUGGGAUACUGUUGCCGAGGCUAUCCUUGAGACUCCGAGUUCGUUCAAUCUGGUCAAUCCGCCCAUCAGAGAUACGUCGGGCACGCCCCUUAAUAUAAUUCCGACGUGGAUGGUGCUGCGGUAUCAGGUUGUGAACCCUGGAGCAUUUUUGCUGCAUUGUCAUAUUCAGGUUCAUCAGAGUGGGGGGAUGGCGUUGGCGAUAUUGGAUGGGGUUGAUGCUUGGCCGACUGUUCCGGCUGCUUAUUUGCAUGACUCGGGUUUCUAG